AUGAGCUCAAGGACAGAAGCGUCCACUAUUUUAGUAACAAGUGGUGAAACGAAAUGCUUUGGAACUGUAAUUAGCGAAAAUUUUGUCAUUUUCGCGAUCGACUGCGUUACAGAUGAAAAAUUACUCAAGAUUUUCUCCGUCUACGAUGAAUUGACAAUCAAGAAAAUUUUGUACGAUGAUUACGGGAGCUUGGCAAUGGUAGAAACAGUGGAAACUUUAGAAGUGCAAAUGUGCGUCAGCGAGUCAACACCAGGUACGAAUGAAGAAUGCCUCUCACUUGAUUCAGAAUACUUCCCGAAUUUUUACCGGACGUCGCCCUGUCCAGUCGGCAGUACUGAAACAACUUGCUUUGAUAAUAUUCCUUCCAGGUUGAUAACGAACAUGCUAAGUGUUCCUAUCAUCUGCGGCAACCGACUGGUCUCAUUCUACCUGGAUACCGAGUCAAUCCAAUUCAUGAGUCUUCAACAAUCGCAAAAAACCAUCACUGCCGCCAUUGAAAAAAUUAAAUCUCAACAAGUUUCUGAAGAAGACGACAAUCCCUUCAUUCAAUCAUUAUUCAUGGGUCGUCGGCAAGUUCAUUCAUUGGGGAUGCAAAUUAAAUGCCUGAUUAUCUCUUUUAGAAAGCCGCAAAUUGCUCCGGAAGAAAACGUUAUGGUGACAUAUGAGUAUCAGUAUGAUUACACGGAGGUGGACGGCGAGGAAACUGCGGAGGCUUUCCAGGACUAUGAAAGUCGCGGAUCCAAGAAAAAAUCGAAGCCUGAGAAGACAGCUUCUAAAAGCCCAAAGAACAAACUCGGAAAAGAAUCUGCAACGAAUCUUCGUACAUGUGAAAAUGUCGAGCAAACAUACGACAUUCUCCCUGACGAUGUCAUCACAGCCUGCGAAAAUACAACCAAUUCGUGUGAAUUUUCAUGCUCCACUGUCGGUCACAUCCCAACCAUCGCAAGAGCAACGUGUAAAAAUGAAAAGCGCAAGAAAUGGGAGCCAAAACCAAAAAGAACUGGCUCUGUCGGUUGCGCCAGACCAGAACAUCAGACAAAGUGUGGCCCAAUAACGCGCCAUUUCGAAGUCGACUUUGAUUCCGGCGUCAAUAUCGACUGCAACAAGAAUCGAUGCUGGAUCAGUUGCCCCGAAACGAAAGUCAACACUCUUCCUCGUUGGACGAAAGAAGUCAUUUGUAGAAAUUCUGUGAGGAACAUUUGGAAUAUCAAGAAGUCAAUCGACAUCGCCUGUGUCAACCCUUCUCUUCGAGCAAGAGAAGAGAGUCUCAAAUGCGGCGCUUUAGAGGACUUCUAUCCUUGGUACAAGAAAUCGGACAUAACUGCUAUUUGCUCUGGAAGAAGAGAAAAAUACGAGCAAUGCGAUUUCUACUGUCCCGAUGGAACCAGACCGAAAAGAAAAGGAGAAGUUUUUGAUUCUGUCAUUUGCCAUCGGGGAAAGAGGAAGUUCGAGCCAGCUCUAGAAGAAGCUCCGGUUUGCGGAUAA